AUGAGUACACACAGCCAUCACAGUGAUGGAAGCGACGGCGGCAGCUCCCACUUCCCACCUGGCUUCACGGACAUCGAAUUUUAUCUUGACGAGUCAGACGCCACUCACAGAGGCUGCCACAAGUUUCUGCCGAGACACGACGAAGAAAUCGCAGUUGAAAUCGGCGACAAUUUGUAUAUUGAGAAGGAGCAUGACGAUCUAUGGUGCGAAGGUAUCAAUCUACGAACUAAAAAGCGAGGAAUAUUUCCGACAGCGUACGCCACGGAUUUGAGCUUGAUGGGUGAUGCUCCAAAAGUCAAAUACUUUGUAAGCUUUCUUGGCAGUAUUGAAAUCGGACAGCACAACGGUCAUGACAUUCUCUGCAAAGCCAUUAAAAAGGUACGAACAGAUGAACAGAAGGAUGCGCCGCUGAACCUCUCCUGUCUUGAAAUUGAUGAGAACGGCGUGAAAGUUUCAGAAAGAAAAAAGUUGUCUCUGCUGAAAAACCUACAAGAAAAUGAGCACGUGUUUCUAUUGAAGAAUAUAACAUUUUGUGGCAUCCUUCCAAGCAACGACAAGUACAUGGGCUUCAUAACAAAACAUCCCGUCUGCAUGAAAUUCGCCUGCCACGUCUUUCUCGCAUCCAACUCUGCUCGUCCAAUCGUCGAAGCCAUCGGAGGUGCUCUAAGCAGGUUCCAUCAGGAAUUUCUGACAGUGGUGUAUCCAGUAGAGGACAUUUAUUUUGAAUGA